CCCGCCCCCCGCCCCGCCCCGCUGGCGGCGUGACCCGGAAGUAGUCGCGGUAGAGCUGAGGGUGGCAGGGCCCGCGUCCCCGCCAUGGCUCCCAAGGGCGGCCCCGGCGGGCGGCAGCAGUCGGAGGAGGAUCUGCUCCUGCAGGACUUCAGCCGCAACCUCUCCGCCAAGUCCUCCGCGCUCUUCUUCGGCAACGCCUUCAUCGUCUCCGCUAUCCCCAUUUGGCUUUAUUGGAGGAUAUGGCAUAUGGAUCUUGUUCAGUCUGCAGUCCUGUAUAGCGUAAUGACCCUCAUCAGUACCUAUCUAGUAGCUUUUGCGUAUAAGAACGUCAAGUUUGUUCUCAAACACAAAGUAGCACAGAAAAGAGAGGACGCUGUUUCCAAAGAAGUUACUCGCAAGCUGUCUGAGGCAGACAAUAGGAAGAUGUCUCGUAAGGAGAAGGAUGAAAGAAUUCUGUGGAAGAAAAAUGAAGUUGCAGAUUAUGAAGCAACAACUUUUUCCAUCUUCUACAACAAUACUCUCUUUCUGGUCUUGGUCAUCAUUGCUUCAUUUUUUGUGCUGAAGAACUUCAACCCCACUGUAAACUAUAUUCUUUCUAUAAGUGCUUCAUCUGGACUGAUUGCUCUGCUAUCUACAGGAUCCAAGUAGACAAAAAAA